GGAGAAUAGUGUUAGUACCAUCAACCAGAUCCAGAAUACUCUGAAUACACUCUCCACACAAAUCACAGCUCUCUCCAGUAGGGUAGAUGAUGUAGAAAAUAGGCCCAUGCCAACGAGUCCAACGAGCCAACCUAAUAAUAAUAACAAUAACAACUAUAUAGUUCGGAGGCUGAGAGCAAGGGUAGCAAACUUAGAGCGACAGAUGAGACGACUCAAUAGGUUACUGACCAGGAAUGAGUGCGCAUCGAACCCCUGUCAAAAUGGCGGCACCUGUGUUGACCUGUACAACGGCUAUACCUGUAGAUGUCCAUCUGCUUGGCAGGGCACGCGGUGUAAUGAGGAUGUCAAUGAGUGUGCCACACUGGCUGGAACUGACAUGGGAUGCCAGAAUGGGGCCACUUGUACUAAUACCAUUGGAAGCUUUAGGUGCACCUGUACUGCUAACUACCGUGGAAUUCGUUGUACAGAGACCCAUCAAGACUGCACAGGAGCCUCUGCCCAGGAACUCUGUGGACACGGAACCUGUGUCAAUGUACCAAGGACAAAUCCUAACUUGCCUAAGUAUGACUGUAUUUGUGAAGAUGGCUGGACCAAGGACAGUGGAAGUAAUCCUGCCUGUGUGGCUGACAUUAACGAAUGUGACAGUAACAAUCCGCCAUGUUCUAGUGAUCCUCCUGUUCAGUGUAUCAACUUACCCGGUACUUUUCACUGUGGGAACUGCCCAGUAGGUUAUACAGGGAACGGUUUCACUUGCAGUGAUGUCAACGAGUGUCUAAUUAACAACGGAGGCUGCUCCCAGACACCCCUGGUCCAGUGUAUUAACACCAGGGGCAGUAGUGUAUGUGGACAGUGCCCAGCAGGUUACCAAGGCAAUGGUCAGGUGUGUCUGCCAGUGUCUGGAGGAGUGUGCAGUUCCAAUAAUGGCGGCUGUCAUCCUGUGGCCAGCUGUGUGGAGAAUGCAGCUGUUGUUGAGGGAAGAACAUGUCACUGUCCUCCUGGUUACCAAGGCAGCGGCAUAGGGCCAAGUGGCUGUGUUGCCAUAGGAACUGUUGCCCCUGGCAAUCCUUGCUUCAACAACCCAUGUGGCAGCAAUGGACAGUGUCAGGUCAAUGGCAACACAUACCAGUGUAUAUGUAACCCAGGCUGGUCAGGUUCUAACUGUCAGGUCAAUAUCAACGAGUGUGCCAGCAGCCCCUGUCAAAAUGGCGGCACUUGCGUGGACGGUGUGAACAGGUUUCAGUGUCAGUGUCCAAGUACACACACUGGUACCACUUGUCAGACACCUGUUGGCUGUGGAGUAGCUCUCACUGGGGAGACAGGUUCUCUCUCCUUCCCAGUACCCAAUGGUCAGGAAUAUCCUCAUGGGGUCAGCUGUGCCUGGACCAUCACCACUACUGUGAACAAGGUGAUAAAUGUCCAGUUUACACGGUUUGAUAUAGAAUACCAUCAGAACUGCGAUUACGAUUUCCUUCAAAUCCACGAUGGUCUGACGGCUUCAGCAUACCAGAUUGGGAAAUUCUGCGGCAACAGGGCUCCACUGAAUGGUACAUUUAACAGCACUCAUCACCAGCUUUACUUCUGGUUCAGAUCUGAUGGGUCAGUAGCUGGACAUGGCUUUGCAUUGCAGUGGACCACAAUGGACCCAUACUGCGGUGGUGUAAUUAGUAACAGAACACACGGGUCAAUACAAAGUCCUGGUUACCCUGGCAACUACCCUCACAACCGUGACUGUGUAUGGACCAUCGCCGUGGCAACCACCAAGAAAAUUUUGUUCACAUUUGGGACUCUGGCCUUGGAGCACCAUGACAACUGUUCAUAUGAUUUCUUGGAGCCCAAGUAUGACUGUAUUUGUGAAGAUGGCUGGACCAAGGACAGUGGAAGUAAUCCUGCAUGUGUGGCAGACAUUAACGAAUGUGACAGUAACAAUCCACCAUGUUCAAGUGAUCCGCCUGUUCAGUGUAUCAACUUACCUGGUACAUUCCACUGUGGAAACUGCCCAGUAGGUUACACAGGAAAUGGCUUCACAUGUAGUGAUGUCAACGAGUGUCUAAUUAACAAUGGAGGCUGCUCCCAGACCCCCCUGGUACAGUGUAUUAACACCAGGGGCAGCAGUGUAUGUGGACAGUGCCCAGCAGGUUACCAAGGCAAUGGUCAGGUGUGUCUGCCAGUGUCUGGAGGUGUAUGCAGUUCCAACAAUGGAGGAUGUCAUCCUGUGGCCAGCUGUGUGGAGAAUGCAGCUGUUGUUGAGGGAAGAACAUGUCACUGUCCCCCUGGUUACCAAGGCAGCGGCAUAGGGCCAAGUGGCUGUGUUGCCAUAGGAACUGUUGCCCCUGGCAAUCCUUGCUUCAACAACCCAUGUGGCAGCAAUGGACAGUGUCAGGUCAAUGGCAACACAUACCAGUGUAUAUGUAACCCAGGCUGGACAGGUUCUAACUGUCAGGUCAAUAUCAACGAGUGCGCUAGCAGUCCCUGUCAAAAUGGCGGUACUUGUGUGGACGGUGUGAACAGGUUUCAGUGUCAGUGUCCAAGUACACACACUGGUACCACUUGUCAGACACCCGUGGGCUGUGGAGUAGCUCUCACUGGAGAGACAGGUUCUCUCUCCUUCCCAGUACCAAAUGGUCAGGAAUAUCCUCACGGGGUCAGUUGUGCCUGGACCAUCACCACCACUGUGAACAAGGUGAUAAACGUCCAGUUCACUCGGUUUGAUAUAGAAUACCAUCAGAACUGCGAUUACGACUUCCUUCAAAUCCACGAUGGUCUGACGGCUUCAGCGUACCAGAUUGGGAAAUUCUGCGGCAACAGGGCACCACUGAAUGGUACAUUUAACAGCACUCAUCACCAGCUUUACUUCUGGUUCAGAUCUGAUGGGUCAGUAGCUGGACAUGGCUUUGCAUUGCAGUGGACCACAAUGGACCCAUACUGCGGUGGUGUAAUAAGUAACAGAACACACGGGUCAAUACAAAGUCCUGGUUACCCUGGCAACUACCCUCACAACCGUGACUGUGUAUGGACCAUCGCUGUGGCAACCACCAAGAAAAUUUUGUUCACAUUUGGGACUCUGGCUUUGGAGCACCAUGACAACUGCUCAUAUGAUUUCUUGGAGCUACGAGACGGACUGUUAGAGACAGAUCCCCUGUUGGGAAGGUACUGUAGCACCUCUGAACCCGCCCCUAUCAGGACGACAGGCCCCGUGGCCCAGGUCAGGUUUCACUCUGACGAGAGCCUCAGUGACAGGGGCUUCCACAUCACCUACUCUGAAGUGGACGGUCCAGUCACCUGUGGUGGAGACUACACCUCCGGCAAUGGCGUCAUCAUCUCUCCCAACUACCCCAACCCUUACAACCACAAUGACCAGUGUAUAUGGACGGUCACUGUGCCGGUCACGGAGGUCAUCACACUGACCUUUACCAACAUGGACCUGGAGGCCCACUCCAACUGUCAGUUUGACUAUGUGGAGGUGAGGGACGGAGGCAAUGAGUACGCAGAUCUUGUAGGGCGUUACUGUGGCACACAGCUCCCAGCCACGUUUGUUUCCAGUAUCAACAGACUCUGGGUGAAGUUCAAGUCUGACGUGUCCAACAGAGGGUCAGGGUUCAGAGCCACCUGGAAUGUGGCAUGUGGCGGCAGGUUCACCACCCCCACAGGCAGCCUCCAUUCCCCGUACUUCCCUGGUAACUAUCCCAAUGAGAAGGAGUGUAUCUACAUCAUAGCACAGCCCAGAGGGACCAGAAUUACUCUCACAUUCCAGAACUUUGAUAUUGAGGCAGGGAACAAUGAUAACUGUAAUUAUGAUUACUUGGAGGUACGAGAUGGUAGUGGCCCAGAAGCCAACCUUAUUGGACGCUACUGUGGCAAUGCUGUGCCAGCACCAGUGACAUCUAGUGCCAAUAAUAUGUGGUUAAAAUUCAAGUCCGAUGGCUCUGUACAAAACCAUGGCUUCCUGGCCACAUAUGAAACCACUGACACAGGGACAGAUUGUGGUGGUAGCCUAACUGGUCAGGCUGGGUCAUUCCACAGCCCUGGUCACCCCAAUGUCUACCCCCAUGGGGUCAACUGCACCUGGACAAUCACUGUGGACCCUGGAUAUAUUGUCCGGCUGACCUUCCUGACUUUUAGCAUGGAGGCUGAUGCUAACUGCCGCUAUGACUAUGUUGAACUUUUUGACAGUGGAAAUGAGACCUCCCCCAUUGGAAAUUCAUUAGGAAGGUACUGUGGCUCCACCAUGCCUCCCGCCAGGCAGUCCAGAGAGAACAGCCUCACCGUUGUCUUGGUAACAGACUCUAGUGUGUCACACGAAGGGUUCGCUGCCAGUUAUGUGGCACUCAAUGGCAGUGUGUCAUGUCACUAUGAGUUAACAGACCUGGUAGGUGUAAUCACUAGUCCAGGGUGGCCAGGUGGUUACCCCCAUCAGAAGACUUGUGAAUGGACCAUCAGUGUACCUCAGGACCACCAGAUACAGCUGAAUAUUACUGACUUCCAGCUGGAGCAACAUGCCAACUGUGACUAUGACUACCUAGAGAUCAGAAAUGGUGGCUACGUGACAUCGCCUCUCAUCGGCACAUACUGUGGUACCACCAUAGAUAACCCUAUCCGUUCCCAUAGCAACAGAAUGUACCUCAAGUUCAAAUCCGACGUCUCUCAGACUGCUCCAGGGUUCAGGAUUUUCUAUGAUGGUUCGAGUACAGGCUGUGGUGGUAUACUAACGACACCUAGUGGCAGCCUAACGUCUCCCAACUACCCCGCGGCCUACGGACACAAUGCUGAGUGUUACUGGAUCAUACAGGUGGCAGAGGGCAGCACCAUACAGCUCAUGUUCCUGGACUUUGAUAUUGAGGCUCACACCAGCUGUGCAUAUGACUAUGUGGAGAUCAGAGAGUCAGAUGCCAAUGGCGCCAGACUUGCCAGGUACUGUGGCGGGCAGACUCCGCAGGGGGUCAGUUCUAGGACCAAUCAGAUGUGGAUUAAGAUGAGGACAGACUACUCCAACAGUGGCAGAGGUUUCUUAGCUGGCUACAAUGCCUUAUGUAACACAAGACUCACAGCCAGGCGGGGUGCUAUAGAAAGUCCAAACUUCCCCCAGCCGUACCCCCAUGCUAGGGAGUGUACCUGGGUGAUAGAGGCUACCCUGGGGAAUACUGUGAAUAUCUCCUUCUCUCACCUGGAUAUAGAGGCACAUGGCACCUGUAACUAUGAUUAUGUGGAGAUCAGAGAUGGUCAAGACGAGAAUGCAAACUCCCUGGGUAAAUUCUGCGGCCAGAAUGUGCUGCCCCCUGCCAUGGCGUCCAGUGGACAGUACUUGUGGGUCAAGUUUAAGUCUGACGCCAGUGUGGCCAGCAAUGGAUUCAGACUGGAGUGGGUGAUGAAUGGCUGUGGAGAUGACCUAAGUGGUGACACAGGUAGUUUCAGCAGUCCUGGCUAUCCCAACCCCUACCCCCACCGCCAGGUCUGUAUAUGGACCAUCACUGUGCCAACAGGAAAGUCUGUGGAGCUGACCAUCAGUGACUUUGACCUGGAGUCUCAUUCCAGCUGUAAUUAUGAUGUACUGGAGGUAUUUGGAGGUGUAGAUGACACAGCACCUAGACUGACCCAGCUGUGCCACACCCAGACUGACCCCCAGGUGGUGCAGAGUACAGGCAACAAGAUGUUCAUCAGGUUUAAGAGUGACGUCUCCGUGAACGGACGUGGAUUUACUGCCACGUACCAGUCUAAAGAUGGAGGAUGUGGAGGUAACUACACCACCCCGACAGCCACCAUCAUGUCAACUAACUACCCCAACAACUACCCCAGUACCACAGACUGUCUCUACAAGAUCACUGUCCAACCCAACAGAGUGGUGCAGCUGACCUUUGAAGAUUUUGAUGUGGAGACACACUCCAACUGCUCCUAUGACUUUGUAGCACUCUAUGAUGGCCCAGAUGUGAACUCCCCGCAAAUCAUGAUCCACUGUGGCAAUGCCCUGCCUAGCCCUGUCACCUACAGGAGCUCCAGUAACCAGAUGACCGUCAGGAUGAAGUCCGACGGCUCCAUCACAGCCAAGGGGUUCAAGGCCACCUAUGUGACAGGCUGUGGUGGAAUGUUGAGUGCAGAGACGAACGGCGCCAUAACUUCCCCCAACUACCCGAAUGCCUACGACCACAACAGUAACUGUUCCUGGAUUAUAACCACAGAUCAACCAACGGCCAGGGUGACCCUGAUCUUCACUCACAUGGACCUAGAGGACUACGCUAACUGCAGUGCUGACUACGUCAUGGUUGCCGAUGGCAACAACGCUAAUGCUCCAGUCCUUGGAACGUAUUGCGGCACACGCAUUCCACCUGCCAUUACGUCAUUCAGUGGUGCCCUCUAUGUGCAGUUUGUCAGUGACCAAUCAGUUGGUCAAUCUGGGUUCAGGGCAAUAUACAGCAAAUCGUCCUCCUUCUGUGGUGGAGAUCUGACAUCCCAGCAAGGAGCAUUCAACAGUCCUGGUUACCCAGAUAAUUACCCCAGGGAGACUGAGUGUAUCUGGACCAUCACUGCCUCCCCUGGGAACAGAAUACAACUGGCUUUCAGCAUGUUUAACCUUGAGAACCAUUACCUGUGUAAUUAUGACUAUGUGGAGAUCCGUGAUGGAGGCGUCAGCGGUGAUCUGGUUGGGCGUUACUGUGGCACCAAUACACCGUCUAACCUGACGGCCAGUAACAGCCUCUGGAUCAAGUUCCGCUCCAAUCAGGCCAACAAUGGUCAGGGCUUCAUGGCUGAAUACACCACAGUAUAUGGAGGCCAGAUCUCAGGUACUUCGGGUCAGGUGGCGUCCCCUAUGUACCCCAGCCCGUACCCACACAAUACAGAGGCGGCCUGGGUGAUUACUGUCCCCUUGGGUCAAGUGGUCAGGGUGGCAUUUGAUGUCCUGGACCUGGAGACCAGCGGAACCUGCUACUUUGAUUAUGUUCAAUUUCGGGACGGAGGAGCUGCAGAUGCACCACAAAUUGGCAAAUACUGUGGCACCACGGCACCAUCACCGUUUACGUCGACAGGGAACCAGCUGUAUGUGGCGUUCAAGUCUGACGCCAGCAGCACUGGACAGGGGUUCCUGUUUAACUGGCAGGCAGUGUCUACUGUGAUCACCACCCCAUCACCAACACAAGCCACAACACCAGUGCCUGGUUGUGGAGGUGAACUGAGUGCCAGUGAAGUGGCCAACACUGUGGUCUCUCCAGGAUAUCCCAGUGGUUAUGUUAAUAGAUUAAACUGUGUCUGGACCAUACGCUCCACCCCAGGAUAUAAGAUAUGGUUUAACAUCACCUUUAUUAACCUGGAGGCACACUCUGCCUGCAACUAUGACAAACUGGUGCUCUAUGACAAUGAUGCUGCAUUUGGUCGAGUCCUUGGCACAUUCUGCGGCCGCCAACCAAAUACUGAACCUGUCAUAGCUACCUCCAAUGUCAUGACUGCCAAGUUUACAACUGAUUCCUCUGUUACCAGGAUUGGCUUUGCCGCCAGUUAUAAGACAACAUGUGGUGGUGUACUUGAUGGACCCACAGGGGUCAUCCAAAGUCCAUCCUACCCUAACAACUACCCCAAUAACGCCAACUGUACCUGGGUGAUCAGAGUGACCAAUGGAAGGACCAUUAGUGUGGAGUUUGACACCUUUAAUAUCCAGUCUACGUCCUCCUGCA